GAGCUUAACACUCUUGAUUACGGAAUAGUUGUGUUUCCAGUUUUUCUGAUAUUUUUAACUCACUUGCUUGUCAAACUCCACGAGAGAGGUAUCAAGCCAAUUGUGUGGGUGUGGCUUGCUAUAGUGGCGAUUCUUGGGCCAUUACGUAAGCAAUUAAGAGGAAACAAGUCCUUGAUAGAUGUGUUUGCUUCAUUUUUGUACCUCUCUUCUUCCCGCUUGCUUGUAACCUCUGUCAAUAUUCUGAUGCCUGUGGUAGUAUACUACCGAAUGUUGGAUGGAAAACUGCUAGCGAAAAAUUGUGUCUACAGCGACCCAUCAUUAGUGUUUUUUGGCAAUCAACAUGCUAAAUUUGCUCUAUUGGCAAUUGUAAUGGUCCUGUUGUUUUUUAUUUUGCCUGUCAUUCUCUUGUUCGCUUAUCCCUUUUCCUGCUUUCAAAGAGUCCUCAAUAGAACUGGUUUAAACUCUUUGGCUCUGAGAACUUUCAUUGAUGUAUUCCAAGGCCAUUACAAAGAUGGCACUAAUGGCACAACAAACUACAGGGAGCGAAAGUGAGUGCGGAACAUACAGUAUUUUCAACUCCCAAUCUCUGGGGUAUCGCUCUGAGGAUGGCGGAGAUCCGUACGCCGACAUUCCAGUGAAAGGAAAAGGAGUAGUACAAGAAACACAAUUUGAUGAAGAGGCAGUUGUUCAGAUGGAACAAGAUGACCAUGGAGAGAAGAGGAGCAGAGAGAACAGCCUUUUCAACACAGAGACACGGAUCAACAGCCAAUCCUGCUUCCCUC